AUGGCGAAUUCUACUAUCUUGCUCGAUUUGGCCGCAACCAUUUCCGAUGCGGCGCUCAUCAUCACACGACAUAAUCUAGAGACUGGGGUCUCCGCCCCAAGUUUUGUACCCACGGGUCAUGCUAACGGCAACGUCGUCAAAGCCGGGUCGGCUCAAAAGACCAACGGCAGAGAAACAGCAGUUUCCAAGGGGCAGCUUGAGGCGGCGGCUGCCUCCCUCAUUCAAGCCUCGACGGAUCUCCAGAUCCUCGUCUCCGGCCCAGAAAAUUAUCUCAAAAGCCUGUCGUAUGGAUACCACGACAUCACCGCAUUGGCUGUUGUAAUCGAGUUUGACCUCGCGCGGAAGGUUCCCCUCGGCAGCUCUAUCUCCUUUGAACAGUUGUCCAUCGCCAGCGGUUGCCCCCUGCAGCGUUUGGAACGUGUAUUACGUCUGCUUUUCGUCCGUCAUAUUUUCCGUGAAGAGCGACCGGGAUAUGUCGCACAUACUACGAUUUCUGAAAGACUGGUCAUGAACUCGGACUUGACGGCGUUCCUUGGCCACUGCACUCAUGAAGCCUUUCCAGCCGCCUCUCGGCUGGUUGAUUCUCUACGACAGUUUCCCACCUCGGAGGAACCGAACCAGGCUGGAUUCAAUAUUGCAUUCAACAGCACGGAUCCAUUGUUCACGUUUCUCUCCAAGCAUCCCGAUCGCUUCGAGCGCUUUAAUCAGGGAAUGGCUGGUCUCAGUAAAAGUGGCGGUCGUUCGGCUCAGCAAGUCGUUGACGGGUUUUCCUGGGAUUCCCUCGGCAAAGCAACAGUGGUUGAUGUCGGAGGUGGUAAUGGCCAUAUUUCCGUCGCCUUGGCUGAAGCUUAUCCUGAGCUUUCAUUUGUGGUUCAAGACCUUGAGAAUGCUAUUGCUUCUGGGGUAGAUGCUCUGCCUCCUGCUCUACAAGGUAGGGUACAGUUUGAGGUGCACGAUAUGUUCCAGCCGCAAACACGGCAAGGCGUUGAUGUCUUUUACCUUCGGCAUAUUCUCCACGAUUGGCCUGAUGAUUGGGCUGUGAAAAUCUUACGGAAUCUGGUCCCAGCACUGCGACCAGACUCUCGUGUGAUCAUUUCAGACUCGGUGAUACCUCCCCCCGAGCAGCUUCAUGGCUUACAUGAGAGAUUCGUCCGAUAUCUCGAUAUGCAGAUGUUGGUACUCCACAAUGCACGGGAGCGUACUGAAGAGGAUUUUGCUCAGUUACUGGAGCGAGCCGAUUCUCGCCUGAAGAUAAAAAAGGUUUGGCGCAAUGGACUCGACGCAGCCGCUAGUACAAUGGUGGAGGCUGUUCUUGUUGGGUAG